AUGGAUGUAGUUCGAGAAGAACAAGCUGCCUUCAGAGAGGAGAUGGACUCUGUCAAAAGCAAGAUUGAGCAGAUCUUUGAGGCUAUACAAGCUCUGGCUAGAAGGGAAGAAGAGGCUCGUGUUGCCGCUGCUGCAAGGAACGACGCUCUAGUUCAAGGGGUUGCUCUUCAGUCAGGACCUUCAGUUCCUAUUCCAAAUCCCGUUAUCUACGGUCUUCCUCCAGGUUUUGUUCCACCGCCUGAAAGAACUCAUGUGCCUCCACCUGCGCAUACUUCUGGAGUAGAUGAUGGAGUCGCUGCGCAAGGACCUCCGAUAGUCAAUCAAGUGGUCAUUCCCCGCACUGAUGAGGAGCUCCAGGACGAGUUUGAAAUGCAGAAUUACAAUGGAGCUACUUCAGUGGUCAUCCCUACUGCUGCCCAAGAUUCUGAGUUGAAGUGUAGAAAUAUCCAUACUUGGGAUGAGUUGGCUGAAGCAUUUGUAAAGCAAUACAAAUAUAAUACUGACAUGGCACCAAACCGUACUCAGCUUCAGAGUAUGGCCCAGAAAGACAGUGAGUCUUUCAAAGAAUAUGCGCAACGCUGGAGAGAAUUGGCUGCAAGGGUGCACCCACCAUUGGUUGAUCGUGAAUUGAUUGACAUUUUCAUGGGUACCUUGCAGGGCCAAUAUUAUGAAAGAUUGAUCAGUAGUGUGUCCAUAAGAUUUUCUGACAUGGUGAUCGUGGGUGAAAGAGUAGAGGAAGGAUUGAAAAGUGGUAAAAUCCAGGGAGGUUCCAGCAGUCAACCAAUCUUGAAGAAGCCUUUCAACAGAUUCAAGAGGAAGGAGGGUGAGACUAGUGCCAUUUCUUCUCAGAGGGGGAGGGUACCAUACAAAGCUCCUGCUUCUGUGCCUUAUUAUCAGUACCCUUACGUAGAGGCUGCUCAAUAUCCAACCAUGCCUUACCAUCCAAAUGCUCUUGUUCCUAUUCCAGCUCCGGUACCUCAAUAUCAAGCUCCACAACCUCAGUUCCAGGCUCCGCCACCUCAACAUCAACAGAGAAUUCAACAGAAUAAUCAACCACGUCCAGUUCAGCAGCAACGACCAAAUCAACAGAGGCCAUAUCAACAGUACAAUAAUAUGAAUACCACUCCUAUCCCAAUGACUUACACUCAAUUGCUACCGUAUCUGAUUCAGAAUGAGACUGUCGUGCCAAGGGCAUUACCUCCAAUGCCGAAGCCGCAUAAGCCUUGGUAUGAUGAGAAUGUUAGAUGUGCCUUUCAUGCUAAUUCAGAGGGUCAUACAACAGAGAAUUGCAAAGUGUUCAAGCUCCGGGUCCAAGAGUUGAUAGAUAAGAAAAUAUUGUCUUUUGCUGAUGUUCCAAAUGUGGGGAACAAUCCUUUGCCUAAACAUGAUGGUUCAGGUGUCAAUGCUAUAGAAAGUUCAACUGAUGAUUGA